UUUGGAUGGUGGCAAAAUAAUAGGACCGCAUAUCAUGUAUAUUUUAUUCUGAUUUCCGAUUUAAUAAUCCACUGACAUGCAUGCUCUCAUGAGAUAAGUCAUAUAACACCUUCGUAUGAAAAGAUAAUACAUAUACUCCUAUUCAUUCCUUCCUUACGGAACACAAGUACCAAGGAGCUAGAUAUUACUCCAUUCUUUCUUUCACUCAUUUUCACAAGCGAGUAAUAUUCUGCCUUCCAUACGAGAGCAUCAGUAAUCCAUAAUUUCUCAAAAACUUAUAUCUACUUUCUGAGUCUACGGCAAAUCGGGCAACGGUCGAAGUGUUUCUGUCAAGCAAGCUAAAGGACCGGAACAGAGGUAGGAUUAUCCUGGGAGCGAGUUGGCCAGUCCCGUUCGAGUAGCUAUCGAGAUACGGGGGCUAUCUUUCUUCAAGGCCAGUCCGGUUAACGGACGAUCUUACGCUAAGUCUUCUUUUCUAUACUUUUUAUAUUAAUAUUUUAUUUCUAAUUAUUGUUUCUAUUUUAUUUGUUCUUGCAUUUGGUGGUUUGUCUGGUGAUUUGUGUUUAAACUCGGGAUUUUAUCUGUCUAAACUCGCCAUUUAAAUACUAUUUUUCUAACAAUCUUGAAGAAAGAUAUUAUUUCUCGAGUUUUGAAAAUCCAAUAUGACGAACUUGGAAAAUGCUGCUACUUCUGAAAACGUUGUUGUUGAGAAUAAUGUGAAUGAAAUCCCUGAAAAUAAUGUUAAUUCUGUGUCUGUGACUAAUUCUGGAGACACACCUGAAUUUGUUGCCACAGGCUCUCACAGGGUUGAUUUGACCGGAAUGCCUGAAAAAUUUUCUGGGCAUUUUUUCAAGCGUUGGCAACAACGCAUGAAAAUUUGGUUAAUCACCAAGGGUUUGCUCUCGGUAAUUAUGACAGUGUGUCCCCCCGUUGUCGAGUCUGAUCCCAAGAGUCUUGAACGCCAAACUUUAUGGCGUGAGAGGAAUGAAAUAGCCAAAGGAAUGAUAUUGUUGGGACUCUCCGACAUGUUAUUUGAUGUCUAUUGCACCCUCCACGGCACGGCUAAAGACCUUUGGGAUGAGCUGGAUAGGAAAUAUAAUACUGAUGACCACGGUCUGGAAAAGUAUAUUGUUUCCAAAUUCUUGAGAUUCGACAUGAAAGAGGGAAAAUCUGUUUUAGAACAAACACAAGAAUUUGAGCUUAUCUUACAUUCUCUCCGUGAAGCAGAUAUGGAAUUGCCUGAAAAAUUUAAAGUCAUGGCUGUAAUUGAAAAAUUCCCCAAAUCGUGGGAAGAUUUUGGUUUGACUUUAAAACACAAAAUGAAAAAGAUAACUUGGAAAAGUUUGAUGCAUUCCAUUACUAUUGAGGAAGAACAUAAGAAAGCGGGUUAUAUUGUGCCUGUUGAAUUUCAGCCAAAAGCUCAUGUUGUAACCGGGGGAAAGCAGUCACAAAAUUCUAAAAAUAAACAACCAUCAUCUUUUAAACCAAUAAAGGCCAAAGUAAAAAUUGCAAAGAAACCAAAGGCAAACCGGCCAUGCUGGAACUGUGGACAGAUGGGGCAUUGGGCCAAAUUAUGCCCAAAUAAAAAGGCUAAGGCUCAAUCUGGUGGACCUCAAGUCAACGUGGUGACUGGAGGAACUAGUUCCGAUGGCCUGCGGUUGGAAGGACAGUGAUGAUGGGAAACACAAGUGCUGCUAAUGUGCAUGGAGUUGGAAAAGUAGAAAUAAAAUUUCCUUCGGGAAAAAUUCUUACUUUACAUGGAGUGCAUCAUGUUCCCGAAAUUAGAAGGAACAUUGUUAGUGGUUCCAUUCUUGUUAGAGAGGGUUAUGAAUUGUCUUUUAAAUUAAAUAAAGUUGUAAUUUUAUUUGGUGGAACUUUUAUUGGCAAGGGUUACUUGUCAGAUGGACUUUUUAAGAUUGUGGUUGAUUAUUUGGAAUUAAAUUAUGUAUCUGAGAAUUGUGAUUCUUCAACUUUAUGGCAUUUUCGUUUGGGUCA